AUGCAUCUCCCACUUGCCGCGUACACGGUCUGCGCCGAGGCGGCUUGCGCCGGCGUCAACGUCUCCGGGUACGUAUUCCCGUCUCACCUGCCGAACCUGGCCACGGCCCCACCCCAGAACCCCAGAAGGACCUGCGCCGGCCGACAUACAAACACCAGCAUCUUGAAUUUUUCCGUCACACGUGCCCUCCCCCCCCAGAUUCAGCUUCCCCUACAAACAGCCAUUUCAUCUCCCUUUCCAUCGCUUCGUUGUCGGUGCCCAGCUUGCAUGAACCCCCUGCGCAUCGGCCCUCUCGCCUCCGUCCGAUUACCGCUGUCGACCCUCUGCCGUCACCACCACCCCCGACCGACUCCCCAGAUCGCCCUCGCCCUGUCCACCUCGGCCUUGACCAUGGCUCCUCCCAAAGCCGCCCUCGACUUUGUCGACUUUAUCAACGCCUCGCCGACUCCGUACCACGCCGUCGCGACCGCCAUCAAGAUCCUUGCCAAGGCUGGCUUCCAGCAGAUCCACGAGCGCGACUCGUGGGCCGGCUCCGUCCGCGCCGGCGGCAAGUACUACGUCACCCGCAACGGGUCCUCGAUCGCCGCCUUUGCCGUCGGGCACGAGUGGCGGGCCGGCAACCCCGUGGCCGUCGUGGGCGCGCACACCGACUCGUGCUGCCUGCGGCUCAAGCCCGUGUCCAAAAAGUCCCAGGUCGGCUACGACCAGAUCGCGGUGGAAAAGUACGGCGGCGGCAUCUGGACCUCGUGGUUCGACCGCGACCUGAGCCUGGCGGGCCGCCUCCUCGUCCGCCAGGCUGGCGGCGCCAUCGUGCCCACGCUCGUCAAGAUUGACCGGCCGCUCGUCCGCAUCCCCACGCUGGCCAUCCACCUGCACCGCCAGUCCGGCUUCGACCCCAACCUCGAGACCGAGAUGCUGCCCAUCACCGCGCUCGCCGAGCAGCAGCUCAACAAGGCCCCUGCCAACGCCGGCCGCCGCCGCGCCGACGACGACGGCGACGACGACGACGACUUCCAGCCCCUCGCCGACAUGGCCGACCGCCACCACCCCGCGGUCCUCGAUGUCAUCGCCAGCGAGGCCGGCGUCUCCGUCGACGCCAUUGUUGACUUUGAGAUGAUGCUCUACGACACCCAGGACGCCUGCGUCGGCGGCCUCAACGACGAGUUCAUCUUUGCGCCCCGCCUGGACAACCUCGAGAUGACGUACUGCUCCAUCGAGGGCCUCGUUGCCUCUGUGCGGGCCAAGGACGCCCUGGACAACGACAACAUCAUCCGCAUGGCCGUGUGCUUUGACCACGAGGAGAUUGGGUCCACGUCGGCCCAGGGCGCGCACUCCAACAUGCUGCCGGCGGUUCUGCGCCGCCUCGCCGUGCUCCCCGGCAGCAGCGGCAGCAGCAGCAGCCACCGCGACGCGCACUCGGACCGGAGCUACGAGCACGUCUCGAGCGACGCCUCCGGGGAGGAGUCGUCGACGGCCUUUGAGCAGACGCUGGCGCGCUCGUUCCUCGUGUCGGCCGACAUGGCGCACGCCGUGCACCCCAACUACAUCGGCAAGUACGAGGCGGCGCACCAGCCGGCCAUGAACAAGGGCACCGUCAUCAAGGUCAACGCCAGCCAAAAGUACGCCACCAACUCGCCCGGCAUCGUGCUGCUGCAGGAGUGCGCCCGCGCCGCCGCCGUGCCCCUCCAGCUCUUCGUCGUCCGCAACGACUCGCUCUGCGGCAGCACCAUCGGCCCCGGCCUGGCCGCCCUGCUCGGCGUCCGCACCAUUGACGUCGGCAACGCCCAGCUCAGCAUGCACAGCAUCCGCGAGACGAGCGGCACCGCCGACAUUGCCAUUGCCAUUAAGCUGUUUGAGAAAUUCUUCUCCACCUACGGUGUCAUGGAGCCCAAGAUUCUGAUUGAUUAG